CUCCCUGUGUUGCGACGCUGUGUGCAGCAUGAUGCUAGCUAGAUGAGAAUGAAAUUAAACACGUUCACACGCAGAGGGGAAACUGCCUGUUUAUCACAGUUAAUCAGCAAUCUUCACAGUUAGCUCUGCAAUAAAUAUAUGCCGUCCCAGAAACUUCAGCGAGACUAUAAUGAAUUCAUAAUGGUUGUAUGAAAGCCGUUGUAUGAAAAAAACAACAAAAAAAACCAUGCUGACGGUUAAGUGUAGUCUACUCAACAAAAUGACUUUUGUGCUGAAAAGUCUGUCACAGCUGAACAAGACUUUGCCCAGCUAGCACCCGUGUUGAAGUGGACGCGUUCUCUGUGGAGAUGGAGGAGGAAGACUUAUUUACAAAGCGCCAGGAUGCUAGAACAUCACUUCCUCAGUUUGAGGAUGAGCGUCCUCUCUUUCACAGUAAUCGGACGCCGCCGGGUCCUCCGGAGCCGUUUCUGCUGUCGGGAAGUGAUGUGACAGUUCCAUACACCAUCAAUCGAUAUUUACGUGACUACCAGCGAGAAGGCAUAAAAUUUAUCUAUCAUAACUACGCCAAAUCUAGAGGAUGCAUUUUGGGUGACGACAUGGGUCUUGGAAAGACUGUCCAGGUCAUAGGUUUCCUGGCUGCAGUUCUGCGAAAAACGGGUACAUGGAAAGACGUCGAAAACAAUAAGCCACAGUUUUUGUUGUCACAGAAGCCAACGGAAGAGGUUCAGAAGGUUUUUCUCAUUGUGGCUCCGCUCUCUGUUCUCUACAACUGGAAAGAUGAGUUAGAUACGUGGGGUCAUUUCAGAGUGGUGGUCGUGCAUGGUGUGAGGAAGGACGAAGAAUUGGCUCGUGUGCAGAGAGGGAGGUGUGAGGUUGCUCUUACAACUUAUGAGACCCUUAGACUCUGUUUGGACCAGUUUAACAGUAUUGACUGGGCUGCCGUUUUCGUUGACGAAGCUCACAAAAUAAAGAACCCAAAGUCUCAGAUCACUCAAGCCAUGAAGAACAUGGGAUGUAAAGUGAGGGUUGGACUGACAGGAACAAUCCUUCAGAACAACCUGGAGGAAUUGUGGUGUGUUAUGGACUGGGCCAUUCCUGGAUGCCUGGGUUCUCUGGUGGGUUUUAAAAACAGGUUUUCGGACCCCAUUGAGCAUGGACAAAAGCACACCGUGACAAAAAGAGCUCUAGCAGAAGGCCGUCAAGCAGUUCAGGACCUUGCCAAAAAACUCUCACACUGGUUCCUCAGGAGAACAAAGGCCCUCAUCAGUGACCAGCUACCUAAGAAAGAUGAUCGAGUGGUGUAUUGCUCUCUCACAGACUUCCAGCGGAAGGUGUAUCGCGCCGUGCUGGACACAGAGGAUGUGACUCUGCUGUUGCAGAGCUCAGGAAAGUGUCACUGUGGCAGUGGCCGUCCACGGAAGACGUGCUGCUACAAACUUAAUGCUAACGGUGUGCCGGUUAGAUACCUGUACUUUAGUUAUCUGACUAUCCUGAGAAAGGUGGCCAAUCAUGUUGCGCUGCUUCAGUCCAAAGAAGGAAGCAGCAAAAAACAGGAGAAAUAUGUGACAGCCAUUUGUGAGCAAGUUUUUAGGAAGUUUCCAGAUUUCAUUGGGAGGUGCAAACAAGCAGCCUUUGAAGCGAUGUCUGACCCCAUGUACAGUGGAAAAAUGAAGGUUCUGCAAAAGCUGCUCAACCACUUUAUCGCAAAGAAAGACAAAGUUCUACUUUUCUCCCUCUCCACCAAGCUGUUAGAUGUUCUAGAAAGCUAUUGUAUGGCCGAGGGUCUGGAGUACCACAGACUGGAUGGAAACACCAAGUCUAAGGACCGAGUUAGGAUAGUGAAAGAGUUCAACAGCUCUCGGGACGUCAACCUGUGUCUGGUGUCUACCUUGGCGGGUGGGCUUGGUCUCAACUUUGUUGGAGCGAAUGUUGUCGUGUUGUUUGAUCCAACAUGGAAUCCUGCCAAUGAUCUUCAGGCUAUUGACAGGGUUUAUCGUAUUGGCCAGUGCAGGGAUGUGAGCGUCUUUAGACUUAUUUCUUUAGGAACAGUAGAGGAGAUCAUAUACCUGCGCCAGAUUUACAAACAGCAACUUCAGUCAUCAGUCCUAGGCCAGGAGAAUGCUAGACGCUACUUUGAAGCUGUUCAGGGAAUCGACGGCCAGGCAGGAGAGCUGUUUGGCAUUCGAAACCUUUUUCGUCUGCAGACUGAUGGCACCUGUCUUACCCACCGCAUCCUGGAGAGGGAGGGCCGAGUGGAGGUGGGGAUCAUGACGGCCAGAACUCAAGCUCUGGACGAGAGUGUGCAGGAGCCAGAUCUUCAGUCAGCAGAUGCUGCUACCGAGAGAGCAGGUGGAUCAACUGGGGGUGGGUUUAAACCUGCUGGUGUGUUGGACUUCAGCAGUGCGAGUGAGGAUGAAGAUCCCUGCUGUUCCAGGUCCAGGCCCUCAGAAGCACACACAGGAGAAGAGGGGGGAGCUGGCGCUAACUGCAUUGGCAAUAUGGGUCUUUAUGGUCUGCUCCAAAGACAAAUGGCUCAGAGAGCACGGCAGGAGACGGACAGUGACGAGGACUCUAGUAGCCCGGAUGAGGACAACUGCAAAAAACCCACCACGAUUAAGGAACAAACAUCUAAGACACGGGAUCUGUUCACUGAAUCCAAGGAAAGGGUGGAUGGAGUCAUUGAUGGUAAACAACAGAAGAAAUCAGCAGACCUUGAGCUUAAAGACCGCAACGACAGAAUGACUGCUAGCAAGAAGCGUUUUCACAAAAGGGUGACGUUUGCAGAAAAAAGAUGUGAAGAUGAAAGUUUUACCUCAUCAGAAGAUGAAGUUCCCCAGGAUGGGAUUAGAUAUAUGAAGGGGCAGGACAAUAAAUCUGGGAGGGAGAGUGCCACUCAAAAAUCUUUGGGCAUAAAGAGCCGAAACUCACGCCAAACAUCAGGAUCCACUGGAACACUGGACACAUUAUUAGGGGGUCUUCAGGACGUGAGCUACACCCACUCUAACCAGAAGGUAGUGGGCUCCAGCAGAGCAGAAGACUGCCUGAGUCGUGCUGCCGUACGAGAUGUGUUUGAACUGAACAAGCACUCGCAGCUUCUUGCAAACCAGCUUCCAGACUCCUCAGAGACCCAGUCAUCCGAUCCCAUACUCACAGAUCACGUUGAUGGAGGUCAGGCACUGCAGGAACAUGGCAGACCCCGCAAUGAACAUCCAGUCAAACACACCCUCAAAAACUCUUACUGCCAGAACAAUGUCACUGUCUUAGUAGGCGAGACACCCAGUAGCAUGUGCAGACAGCAGAUGGAGGACAUGGCUCAGUUCUUUGGAUUCAACUCUGUGUGCGAGUUUGCGGAAGAGAUUCUGAAGAACGAUUCAGAGCAGAGACUGAGCCGAUCACGGAGCUUCUACAGCCAGAAGAGCCCUGAACUUAAAGAUAUCAUCGGUAAGACCUUUCCUAAACCCAUCGAAACAGAGCCACCACCAUCUCCAGCUAAACAAAGACCUACCUCAAAAAGAGCCCACCCAAACUCCCAUCUUAAACCUCAAGUUGGGGUACCAACCCCUGAGGUUGAGGAUGGAAGAAAAACAUCAAAGAAAAAGAAAGUGGGUGAAACGGGAACCUCUGAGGUUCACCUUCACUGCAGCACAGACCUCACAAACAAUAAAGUUAAAAUGUCCUCCACAGACAAAAGCUCGACUUCUGGACAUGUUCCUCAAAGGAGCUGUGCGCCAGCAGAAGAAAAUAAAACCAACAUUAAUACUUCCUCACAACCAUUCAAGGACAAGGAAUACUCUACACGAUCAUCUUGUGUCUCCACAGAUGAUUGUGUUGCAUCAAGCUCAACCCAGACCAACAGCUCCUCACAAAUCACUGACCUUAUAGGGGACACAUCCAUCCUGGACGACUUGUUCAAGCCAAAGAGGAAAACUGUGGACCAAGCUAGAGAUGUGAAAGCAUCCACGUGCACAGAAAGAGCAAAAAAUAGAGGAAAGGACUUUUGGGACAUUUUGAAUGAGGGAAAUGAGGAGAGCAUUAACAAACUCACAGAUCUGACAGAGGUGGAGAAGAUCUGCAACAGUGUCAGUGUCUCUGCAAAGUCUAGGAAUAAUCAGGAAACCGAAAGCUCGCAGCUUUGGAAAAAAAAUGAGAAAUUUCUCUGGAAGCGAUAGUUUUCUUUUUUAUUUUUAAUGAUUAUUUAUAAUGUUAUGUUUUUAUUGCAAGUGCAUAUACUUUUUAUGUAAGUCCGUUUUUAAUUACUUUUUUUUGUGUAUGUUUUUUUUUUCCUCAGGUUUUAGUAGGUUUCACAGGACAAUUGAUUGUCAGUUAAUGCUUUUAUUAUUGUUUUAGAAAUCUUAUUAGAGUUCUCAAUGAAGGCAUAAGGAUUUAAAUUUGCAAUGUGUUUUUUUUUUUAUAAAAGAAGAAUUUAGCCAUUGAAAAAAAACAAUACAAAAAAAGAAUAUUAUAAUAAAGGAACAUGGAUAAAGAUGC